UAUGUGAUGAUGCUGAGGUUUGGGGUAUGACUGAACCUGUCACCCUGAUAUUAAGUAAAGUACCCAAUAGGUGGUUUUUUAGCCCUUGUCCCCCUCCCUCUCUCUGUCCUCUUGCAGUCCCCAGUGUCUACUGUUCCCAUUGUCCAUGUGUACCCAAUGUUCAGCUCCCACUUAUAAUUGAGAACAUGAGGUAUUUGGUUAUCUGUUUCUGCAUUAGCUCACUUAGGGAAAUGGCCUUUAGCUGCAUCCAUGUUGCUGCAAAGGACAUGGUUUCAUUUUUUCAUGGCUGUAUGGUAUUCCUAUUCCAUGAUCCCUCUAUUUUUUUAUGUUCUGUUGCAGAUAAACUCUUGGAUGCAAGGCAUUCUGUUUCCAGGAUGUGGGGAAGGGAUUAGCGUGAAGUCAAAUGUCUCAUAUAUAUAUAGACAUUCAAUAAAUAACCAUAUUUUCAAACCCACAUCUUAUUUUUAUCCUCCAUUGUACCUGAUUUUUUUAAAGGUUCUGUAUAACAGAUUGUGUUAUCUUCCUAGAUGUAUUGAUACCAUUCAUGCAUAUUUUGGCUGCUACUUCUUUAACACUGGUUCAUUAUUGUUAUAAAAUUUGUCAGCUUGCUUACUGUCUUCUAGAAAUUUGUUGAAAACUCUCAGGUGUCCUGUACUAGAAGACUAUAUCAGGAAGUUUCUAAAGAACUAGAGGGUUAGAACUGACUCCUAAGUGGUCUGAAUGCUGAUUCAAUUCACCUUUCAUCAACCCUUAUCUCUACUAUAUUUUACUGCUCCUCUUUUUUUGUUUUUUCAGGUUUUGAGGUUUUGCUGAAGAUAUUCCUGAAGAAUCAUCCCAGGUGCCACACUAAAAAAAUGAUCCAGUUGACAGCUACCCCUGUGAGUGCACUUGUUGAUGAGCCAGUGCAUAUCCGAGCUACAGGCCUGACUCCCUUUCAGAUGGUGAGUUUUCAGGCAUCACUGGAAGAUGAAAACGGAGACAUGUUUUAUUCUCAAGCCCACUAUAGGGCCAAUGAAUUUGGUGAGGUGGACCUGAAGCAUGCUUCUUCACUUGGAGGGGAUUAUAUGGGAGUCCACCCCAUGGGUCUCUUCUGGUCUCUGAAACCUGAAAAGCUAUUAACAAGACUGGUGAAAAGAGAUGUGAAUAGGCCUUUCCAGGUCCAAGUAAAACUUUAUGACUUAGAGUUAAUAGUGAACAAUAAAGUUGCCAGUGCUCCAAAGGCCAGCCUGACUUUGGAGAGGUGGUAUGUGGCACCUGGUGUCACACGAAUUAAGGUUCAAGAAGGCCGCCUUCGAGGAGCUCUCUUUCUCCCUCCAGGAGAGAGUCCCUUCCCAGGGGUAAUUGAUUUGUUUGGUGGUUUGGGUGGGCUGCUUGAAUUUCGGGCCAGCCUCCUAGCCAGUCAUGGCUUCGCCUCCUUGGCCUUGGCUUACCAUAACUAUGAAGACCUGCCCGCCAAACCAGAAAUAACAGAUUUGGAAUAUUUUGAGGAGGCUGCCAACUUUCUCCUGAGACAUCCAAAGGUCUUUGGCUCAGGCGUUGGGGUAGUCUCUGUAUGUCAAGGAGUACAGAUUGGACUAUCUAUGGCUAUUUACCUAAAGCAAGUCACUGCCACGGUACUUAUUAAUGGGACCAACUUUCCUUUUGGCAUUCCACAGGUGUAUCGUGGUCAGAUCCAUCAGCCCCUUCCCCAUUCUGCACAAUUAAUAUCCACCAAUGCCUUGGGGUUACUAGAGCUCUAUCGCACUUUUGAGACAACUCAAGCUGGGGCCAGUCAAUAUUUGUUUCCUAUUGAGGAGGCCCAGGGGCAAUUCCUCUUCAUUGUAGGAGAAGGUGAUAAGACUAUCAACAGCAAAGCACAUGCUGAACAAGCCAUAGGACAGCUGAAGACACAUGGGAAGAACAACUGGACCCUGCUAUCUUACCCUGGGGCAGGCCACCUGAUAGAACCUCCCUAUUCUCCUCUGUGCUGUGCCUCAACGACCCACGAUUUGAGGUUACACUGGGGAGGAGAGGUGAUCCCACACGCAGCUGCACAGGAACAUUCUUGGAAGGAGAUCCAGAGAUUUCUCAGGAAGCACCUCAUUCCAAAUGUGACCAGUCAACUCUAAGAAGACUAGAUAUUCCUAGAAAAUAAAGAAGCAAAUCUCUUUACCAGGACCUUCUCUCAAUUUUCAUGGUGGAAUGUCUCCCCCAACUGCCACACACAUUUUGUAUUAAUUUUAAUGAUUAAAAAGAGCAUAGGGUAAAAACCUGA